AGUUUAGCAUACCUUCUCCGCAAAAAAGAAACCCAGUACGAUGUAACGAACUUUCACACUCAAAAAUUUACAAAUGUUUCAAUAAAUAGAAACAAUCUCCUUGAUAAAAUUUCAAGUGCAAGUAUUGAAACGUCUAAAAUAGAGACGAACCAAAGUGCAUUAAUUCAGCUAAAUCAUGUGGAAAUGAAGCCACGUCAUUCGACGGAUAAAAUAAACAUAAACGACAACCCAAACACUAAGAAUUUAGUUGAACAAAUUACGUCGAAGUUUAAAAAACGCAACAAAGCGCCUCAUUUCCGCGUGCGGCGCAAACACUCAUGGUGGAAUAAAAUAUAUCAUCUUGUUCAUUUGAAAAGAAAAGCAAUCGCUGCGACGACAUUAAAGCAUUCUGAAGUGCAACAAAUUAAUGAAGAGCCCAAAACGAAUAAAGACACUAAAAGUGACGUACUGUUAAAACCAGAGAACUUAGGACUGCAAAAUAACAACCGCACAAUAAGUGGUUCUAUAAGAGAUAGUAACUCUGGUCGUAGAAAAAGUUGGCAGCUUUCUAAGCCUUCUGUAAGUAACUGGACACGAAGUGAACUUAUAGCGCCGCCCACUGUUAAAGUCAACGCCAAAACUGUCAAAAGUAGGAGGAAAACGUUGUCAGACGGUAUGCUUUUCAGCUCCAAUUUUAACCGUGAGAAACCGUUUUCGUCGCAUGAGAAAGUACCUGGCAUUCUUAUGACUGGGUCAGAUUUAAAUUGUAACGAAGUUUCGCCAGAUAUCUCGCCAAUGUCUUCAAACUAUUCUCUGACACCGUCCACAACUGAUGAGGAAGAAGACAUGGACGACACUCUGGGGAAGCCAAGUGCCAUGCGCAAAGUUACUUUGCAAAGUUUGCAAUGCCAAACCACGCUUUCAGAGACUGCUGAACUGCCAGUGGAAGUGAAAGAAAUGAUUGCAAGCAUUGUUUCUGGAAUUAAAGAUAAAGUCAAUUCUAUUAUAGUUCAGUCUGAGAAGAAUACUAUUUUAGAAAUCAUUGAUCUGAGAGAAAGAAUCAAACAACAAGAUGCCCUCAUACAUUUUUUGGAAGCCCAAUGUUCUCAGCAAGUGGAUCAAAAAGAAGUAGCACGUCCAAAAGAGAUCAAACUCACCAUUUCACCAGCGAAGGAGUCUUCUCCUGCAAACAGACCAUCUGGAGAUUCAGCAGAGUCACCCUCAUCUCCAGACUUGAGUCCGGAUGUGAAGUUUGAAGAGGAAGACAUGUGGCUGGUAGAAUUUCCUUCCAACCUGAAUCUGGCGGCCAUCGAAACAUCAUCAGCGACCACCAAGAAACAUCCCAAGAUAAGACGUCAUUCUAGCGUCGAAGUUGGACUACCCUUCCGAUUGGCAGUCCAAAAGACUCAAAAUAAUUUCCUCUCCCCGAACAUUCAUUACGAAGAUCCACCCUCGCCUCGUCGUUUCAGUGAAUCCCAACUAAGGGCCGAUGAUGUUCCCAUAAACAAAUCUUUCGCUGCUAAGGUCAGACGUGUUCUUGCCAAAGUGAAAGUCAAUAAAGAAAUGGAAGACAAACUGACUUUAGAAAGCGAUUCAUCCCCCAAAAAAUGGCCAAAGAAAGACAGCAAAGCAGGAAGGCGAUCUAGCACAGGCUCAGCUAGUGACAAAAUGUCUUCGUUCUUUUUUCAGUCAAGACCUUCCGCCUCGUCACAAUCCAAACGAUCACAGGAGAAGGAUACUUCUGGGGACAUGAGUGGCAAAACUGCUACAAGGCACGGCAGUGAUGGAAGACCUGUCCCUAAAAGAAUUCUUCCAACAAUUACAGAAUCUUGUAGCUUCGACAGCUUGCGAGAAUCUCCCCUCAUGACUCACAUGUCAUCUCCUCCGGUAGCUAGCAUGCCAAACUUAGAGAACAAGGAAUCUCUAAACUAUUCCACAACAAUUGACAUGCCAGAUGCAGAUGAGCUUUGUAUGGUGGAGUUACCUCGAAAAUGAAUUAGUUUUUUUAUCAUCCUCUAAUCUAAUCGAGAAAAACUCAAAUAUCGAACUUCAGGAAGGAAAAGAAUCUUUUAAUCGACAACCAGAUGAAGAUAGUGUUGUAUAAUGGAGUUACUUCGAAAAUGAACCAGUUUUUUAUCAUUUUAUUUUCUCCAGCACCUCGAAUGACAAACUUCAAGAAUAGAGAAUAUUUGAUCUGGCAUGCCAGAUGCAGAUGAGCUUUGUAAGAUGGUGUUACCUCGAAAAUGAACCAGUAUUUUAUAUCAUUUUAUCAGCUCGAAUAUCGAAAUUAAGAACAAAGAAUCUUCGAAUUAAGAUAGCUGAUGCGGGUGAGCAUUAUAUAGUUAUUUCAGAAGCACAUUAGUAACUUCUCAUUUCAUGUACUUAACUAGCUUGCGAACUUCAAGGUAUAUUUUUCCUUAUCUGUCGAAACUUCCAGAUGCAAAUUAGUUCCGCACUUCAAAGGUGAAAAAAAAGUUACUUAUCGUCUCUUUGGCAUAAAUAGCUAGAACAUCAAACUUGAAGGAAUAAUAAACAUAAAUGAAUUACCAAAUGCAAACAAGCGCUAUAUUCUAGAGUUGCCUUGGAAAAUAAAAGUUAUUUAUGAUCUUAUGUACUCGAAUAGUUUACGAAACUUGUUAAGGCCUCUUCCAUCGUAACUACAGUACAGUAAAGUUACCUCGAAAAUUAAAAACUUCUUACUAUCUAAUCAUGUGGAUUCGUGUGUCAAAUUUUAAAAAACGAAAAAUAUUUAAAGCUCUUCCCGAAUGAUUGAGCUGCAAUGAAGAGAUAAGCAUUUGAUUAACAAAGAAUACUGAUCGUCUUCAACACAUUUAUUUAUUCAUACUGUCCCAAUACUUUCAAAAUGAACCAAUUAUAUUUCAUCCUUUUCGAUAUCUUGAACAACAAGAAGGCCAAGCAUGGAGAUCAAAGGACAGAGGAAUUUUUCCAAAAGAAUUGAUCUACAAGGUGCAAACAAAACUUGUCUGGUAGAACAAGCAAACUUCUUUACUUGAACAUAAGAUUCAAAUGAACAAACCAUUACGACGUGACUGUAUAGAAUUUGCAACUGGUUACUCAUUCCACCCAAUUGCAUAGUCGAACAAAACAUAUGAACAUUCUAAACAGCACUUUUUUCGAUUUUCAAUACUUUCUAAAGCCUAGCAAAACUAUUAUAUGGGGACAGGGGGUUCUUAACCUGUAAAUCACGACUCAAAUUCGAAACAUUUCAGAAAAUAAAAGUUGAGAUUUAGAUUUUAUUUAUUUUAAACUGAACGCUUUUUGGUUUUAAAAUAUGAUUAAACAGAUAUGUGAUACUUCCGUAAGAAGUUAUAUAAGGUAUAAAUCACUCAGAACUAUUGUUUAAAGUUCUUUUAAAAGCUUUUUUGCAAAAAGAAAAUAAUGUACUUGUAUUCAUGCUCUAAUUGAUUUCCGUACUGCGCAUGUUCUGAGUGGUUUGAAAAUUAUGAUUGUUCUGUUGUACUUAAGUCAAGGAGCAAAAUUCUACGCAUGAUUGCUUCAUCUCUCUAUCAUAUAACCUCACAAUUUUGUUGCAUUCAAUGUCUACUAAAUAUAUGUAUUUAAAAAUAAAUCUUUGGGUCGCUCGGAGUAUCUGAUUUUGGAUCGCGGUUAAACAAAAAAAGGUUAAGAACCCCUGUUAUAAGCAUUUCGAAGCAGUACUUCCGAUCCACUCUAUUUUGAUAAAGAGAAUAUUAAUAUCCUAUCUUACAUACUUUUAGCUAUAUCUAUAUAUGGUAGUUACAGACAUUUUUUUUCAUCUUAGAAUGAAACAAAAAAUUCUAUGAGAGCUAUACGCACAGCCGCACGAUCAAAACAAUUUAUUCAAAAGUACUAAAGUGACAAAAGGAUACCAGCAAGUGACGUAGUGUGAGUAUCUCGACUCUGAUUGGUUGUUGAAACGUGCCACUUUUUUUACAUUAGCAACCGUUCUUUCCAUUCUAUUUCGAGUAAGCCAAUCUCGUCAAGUAUCAAUUCUCGUAAGUGACACAUUCGAAAUUCAUUCGCCAAGAUUCUUUCUCAAAAAUUUAAAUUCUUUCACUGCAUAUUUAUACAAAGACAAGCACGAACCC